UUCAGCAGUAUGAUUUUGUGACACAGCUAAUCGGCUUUGCUUUCGUCAUUUUUCUUCGGCAGAGAUGUUGUGGUAAUAAUAUUAAUAUCGCGUAAACCUGUUAGUUAACAAGUGACCAGCAGCCAUAGGGAACAUACUAAAAAAAUAAUACAGUUCGAGUCACACGAAACAGAAUAUAAUGCAGUAGAAUUAAAAUAUGGCAAACGCUUCCGAUUGUUUAUUGAGCUUUCUCUCUCUGUUGUGGAUUUGGUUAACGCAUAGAAUAAACCUAGUAAAGCAGAUAAGAACAAUAAAACAAACUCGGCCUGAACUGUAUGUACCAUAAUUGAAUUAAAAAUGACAUAUCAAAACAAAUCGCAGAAAGAACUGCUGCCGACUGCAAAUCCGGGACGGUUUCAGUCGGUGAUAGUGUUGGCAAGCGAAAAGACGUUCGGUCGGGAACCGGGAGAAUAACCAUUUCCUGAUGUGCGGUCUGUCUGCAGGGUGUCAAUAGAAUUAGCAACCGUGGCACGUGAUACUAAACGCCGUACGGAAGUCACGUGAAAACGCUUGUCGAUUGGAUUAUCCACUUUAGUAUAUUGGAAAGCUUGAAAGCUCGGAGAACCACGGAAAUAAAUCCAGCUUAUCAACUUUUUAUGAUCCUGAGUUGCUGUGAUGGAUGAUUUCGCUAUACUGAGUGGCAAUCUAAGCUCCACUUGAUUGAAUCAUGUACAUCAAAUCUGGCCAUCGAUUUCUCAGUGACAAGGGACAAAUAGUUUUUCCCGGGCCACCGACGCGGUCGACAUUUUCGUUCUCGUAUACUACCAGUACUACUACAACUACUAGCACCACUACACCCACCCCACCGGAUAAUUCACACAUCGAUGAGAAAACAAACUACAUCGACAUGUGGAGAAGCAAAUCUUCAUCCAGCUCCGAUAUGCUCUCGGACAAGAUACAAAUGUUCUACAUCUACAUCACGGUGACGAUAACUUCGGUUCUCGUUUUCUUUCUUCUUGGCAUGUUUGGUUACAUGUGUUACAAAAGGAAAGGUUUCCAGAAUAUAGAAAGCCAACAAACUUUUGAAAGUCCUCGAAGGCAAAGCAGACGUCGAUCUCGCAGUCAUUCAAGGAAUUACUCCAGAGAGCGGGAGAUCGAAGAUUAUCCCGACCAAACUCUUUUACAUUGAAAACUAUCAUGUUUAUUGUAACUAGGCUAAUCUUUUCUAAUUGAUUAAUUGGCACAAUAGUGGCGGGAUUAAUUCGGCGCAAAACUAAACAUUUUUAAGGCAUUAUAGUCUAAAAAAUAGUAAACAUGAGCUGUACAUUUUGUAAAUAUUAUAGUUAAUAUGUGUAAUCAAUUUUCUAGAAAAAAAUGGAAAUAAACAUGUUUCAAGUUGCCUAAAA